AUGCCACGGCGGCCGCCUGCAGCUCCGCGCUCUGCCUCGUGCCCACGGCUGUGCACAGCUUCGCCGUCCCCACGCUCGCGUCCGCCGGGCACACCUUCAUGCUUGUGGGCGGUGGUGUCGUCCAUGCUCGCCGUCAUCCUGGCGCCAUUCCUGGGGCUCCACUGCUGGCUGAUAGCCAACAACCUGACGACGCUGGAGUUCUUCGAGAACAGGUCGAAGAGGCGGGGUGCGGCGAUUUCGCCGUACAGCAUCGACAUUGUUCACAACCUCGCGGUCCUCGGCGACGACCCGCUGAAGUGGCUCCUGCCCAUCGGCAAGCCCCCUGGGGACGGCACGUGGUACGCGCAGGCCAGUUGGGCGCAGGGUGAGGCCGGCGCGGAGGACGCCGCGGGUGCGGCCAGCAGCGCCGCCGGCGCCGCGGCGACGGCCAGCGCUUCCGCGCCGGCGGCGGGAGGCGCGCCCGCCGCCGCCGGCGCGCCUGCGGCUGGGGGCGAGCCGGGCGACGGGCUCGAGACAGGCGCGCCGUCCUCUGCGGCGGGCAGCUCCGCCGCGGCGGCCGCCGCCCCGGGCCUCCCCGGCGGCGGCCUCGCGUGGUGCGCCGGCCUGCUGCCCCCAGCCCGAGCAGCCUUCGAGACGACGGUGAAGGCCACCAAGGCCACAGUGGCUCGGGCCGCACCGCCCGUGACAGAGCUGUGCGCCGACGCGAAGGAGCUCGUCUCCGUGUGUUGGCGGGCCUUCCGGAAGGACGACGACGACGAGGUGGAGGCCGACACGCUGCAAACGCUAGUGCGGCGAAGGCCGAGGCCCCCGAGCGCGGACUGA